AAGUGUAGUUUUCAAUUUUUGUGUUUCUUACUAAUAUUGGAUUUGGCAUUUAGAUAAUUCUUUAAAGUUUCUAUGAGGAAAUUAUUUUUCUUCAAAGUUACAUUUAUUUUUAAAAAAGCCAAGGCAUAAACUUUAAAAUUUCCUAAGACUGCAUCAUCAUCUCUAGAAUAAUAAAGUGAUAUUACUUUUUUUGUAGGAGAUGGCAGAUAGGUACUUUGGACCUGUUGGUAAUGAUGGCCUGAGCUAAACACCUAAUUUGAAGGGACACCCUUCCGUGUCAGAGCACAGAAUGCUGAGGAAGCUAUGGCAAGUGAUUGGAGUUGUGCUUCAAAAAUUUCAGCAGUUCAACAAUAUUUUAUCUGCCAACAAUAAAUUCUUUACUUGAUUGCAUCAUGAAAAAGCUGCUAAUGAGACUUGUUGAGCAUAAAAACGGACCUGAAGAACCAAAAGCCAUUGUUUUCAAAUGAAGAAUACUGAAUAGUUUUAAGCCUCAGUGCUUUUUAAUCACCACUGAGAUUUCCCCCAUAACAUCAGAAUGGCAAGCAGGCGAAAAUCAACAACACCCUGCAUGGUCCUUGCCAGUGAACAGGAUCCAGACCUCGAGUUGAUAUCAGAUUUGGAUGAAGGGCCUCCUGUACUCACGCCUGUAGAAAACAGCAGAGCAGAGAGCAUGUCGAGUGAGGAAGAAGUUCAUGAAUCUGUGGAUUCUGACAAUCAGCAAAAUAAAAAAGUUGAAGGUGGUUAUGAAUGUAAAUAUUGUACUUUUCAAACUCCAGACCUAAAUAUGUUUACUUUUCAUGUGGAUUCAGAACAUCCCAACAUAGUGCUAAAUUCCUCCUACGUUUGUGUCGAAUGUAAUUUUCUCACCAAAAGGUAUGAUGCACUUUCUGAGCAUAAUCUGAGGCACCACCCAGGAGAAGAGAAUUUUAGGUUGACUAUGGUGAAACGAAAUAACCAGACAAUCUUUGAACAAACUAUAAACGAUCUGACUUUUGAUGGUAGUUUUGUUAAAGAGGAGAACUCAGAGCCCGCUGAAUCUACAGACGCUUCUUCUUCAGGAAUUCCUAUCAGUAAAACUCCCAUCAUGAAAAUGAUGAAAAAUAAAGUGGAGAACAAGCGUAUUACAGUUCAUCAUAACUCAGUUGAGGAUGUUCCUGAAGAGAAAGAGAAGGAGAUCAAACCAGACCAUGAAGAAAGUGUGGAAAGUCCUAGUUCUUCAGCUUCUGACUCUAAUACCAGUACUUCCAUUGUCAACAGAAUACACCCAAAUGCUGCCAGCACGGUAGUCACCCCGGCAGCAGUUCUUCCUGGACUAGCACAGGUGAUAACCGCUGUGUCAGCUCAGCAGAAUUCCAAUUUGAUUCCCAAAGUCUUAAUUCCUGUUAGUAGCAUUCCUACCUACAAUGUUGCAUUGGAUAACAACCCCCUUUUGCUUAACACCUACAAAAAAUUCCCUUAUCCAACCAUGUCAGAAAUUACUGUUCUUUCUGCUCAAGCAAAAUAUACAGAGGAACAGAUCAAGAUAUGGUUUUCAGCCCAACGUCUAAAACAUGGUGUGAGCUGGACUCCUGAGGAAGUAGAGGAGGCAAGAAGAAAGCAAUUCAAUGGAACAGUACACACUGUACCUCAGACCAUAACUGUUAUUCCAACACACAUUUCCACAGGGAGUAAUGGCUUACCAUCCAUUUUACAGACAUGCCAAAUAGUUGGUCAGCCAGGCCUGGUUCUUACACAAGUAGCUGGAACAAACACCUUGCCGGUAACAGCACCGAUAGCCUUGACAGUGGCAGGGGUGCCAAAUCAAAGCAGUGUACAGAAAAGUCAGGCCCCUGCUGCUCAGCCUCCUGCAGAAACAAAACCAGCAGCAGUGGCCGCAGCAGCAGCAGCAGCAGCAGCAGCAGCAGCAGCAGUCCCAGCAGCAGUCCCAGCAGCAGUCCCAGCAGCAGUCCCAACUUCUCAGCCUGUCAAACACGAAACGGCACUGGCAAACCCCGAUUCAUUUGGCAUUCGGGCAAAAAAGACUAAAGAGCAACUGGCAGAAUUAAAAGUCAGCUACCUUAAAAAUCAGUUUCCUCAUGACUCAGAAAUUAGCAGACUUAUGAAAAUCACAGGCUUGACAAAAGGAGAGAUUAAAAAAUGGUUUAGUGACACGAGGUACAACCAGAGAAAUUCAAAGAGUAAUCAGUGCUUACAUCUCAACAACGAUUCCUCCACUCCCAUUAUUAUAGACUCCAGUGAUGAAACCACGGAAUCCCCAACUGCUGUUACUUCACAGCAUAAACAAUCCUGGAAUCCUUUCCCCGACUUUACUCCCCAAAAGUUUAAAGAGAAGACAGCAGAGCAGCUCCAGGCCCUUCAGGCCAGUUUUCUCAGCAACUCCGUACUGACAGAUGAAGAAUUAAAUAGGUUAAGAGCGCAAACCAAACUGACCAGGAGAGAAAUUGAUGCUUGGUUUACAGAGAAGAAGAAAUCAAAAGCUUUAAAGGAAGAGAAAAUGGAAGUAGAUGAAACUAAUGCAGGUAGUUCCAAAGAAGAAGCGGGAGAAACUUCUCCUGGAGAUGAAUCUGGUGCACCUAAGGCAGGGAGUGCAGGCAAGAUAUGUAAAAAAACACCUGAGCAAUUGCACAUGCUCAAAAGCGCAUUUGUCCGAACCCAGUGGCCGUCACCAGAAGAGUAUGACAAGUUGGCCAAAGAAAGCGGGCUUGCUAGACCAGACAUAGUUAGUUGGUUUGGGGACACCCGUUAUGCUUGGAAAAAUGGAAACUUAAAAUGGUACUACUACUAUCAAAGCUCCAAUUCAAGUGGUAUGAAUGGUCUGUCUUCCCUUAGGAGAAGGGGGAGAGGGAGACCCAAAGGAAGGGGAAGAGGAAGGCCGCGCGGGCGGCCUAGAGGAGGCAAGAGAAUGAACAACUGGGACAGGGGGGCGUCACUCAUAAAAUUUAAAACUGGAACUGCAAUACUUAAGGAUUAUUACCUGAAGCACAAAUUUCUUAAUGAGCAAGACCUGGACGAACUUGUUAACAAAUCACACAUGGGCUAUGAGCAGGUCAGAGAGUGGUUUGCCGAAAGACAGAGAAGAUCAGAGUUAGGUAUAGAGUUAUUUGAGGAAAAUGAGGAGGAAGAUGAAGUUAUUGAUGAUCAGGAAGAGGAUGAAGAAGAAACAGAUGAUAGUGACACCUGGGAACCCCCACAACAUGUGAAGCGGAAGCUCUCUAAAUCAGAUGACUGAAAUUUGCCUAAAACGUUGGAGGAGAAUCAAUUCUUCAACUCAAGCUGUCUGAUUUACUGUGAAUGGGCUCAAUCUUUAAUGACACUGAAACCCUUUGGGAGCAUACACAUUCUCAAAAAAUAGGAUCCAGUACCCAAAAGAAAUGGAACUUAAUGUUGUGCCAAAGUUAAACUACUGCAGCUGGUGAAAGUUCUGCAAUGUAAAUAGAACACAUUAAAAAACAACUUGUAAAAAUUCAAAUUUUAAUACAUUUUUAUUCUGAUAA